ACUCUCCUACAGCAUUGUGAACGUGAAGCACUGAAGCGAGCAUACAGCAGUAGAUCGCAACCCAAUAAUGGCCUCUCCUACAGCAGUGAGGCAUCCACCCUUCACCAUCUUAUUAGUUGCUCUCUCCUUGCUGUCAGUGUCAGCUAUGGUAGCCCAAGACCGGCGCCGGCAAGAAGGCGACCGGGUGGGUUUCCUCCCGGGGCAGCCGAGGAGCCCUGCGGUGUCACAGUUCUCAGGGUAUGUCACCGUGAACGAGCACAACGGGAGGGCGCUCUUCUACUGGUUCUUUGAGGCUCAGACGUCACCGGCUCAAAAGCCUCUCGUGCUCUGGCUCAAUGGAGGUCCUGGUUGCUCAUCUGUGGGCUAUGGAGCAGCUUCUGAGCUGGGGCCUCUCGUGGUCAAUAGCAAUGGAACUGGUUUGGAGUUCAACAAAUUUGCAUGGAAUAAAGAGGCCAAUUUGCUGUUCUUGGAAUCCCCCGUUGGUGUUGGCUUCUCAUACACAAAUACUUCCUCUGACCUAGACAACCUCGAUGAUCGCUUCGUCGCCAAGGAUACCUACACCUUCUUAGUGAACUGGUUCAACAGGUUUCCACAGUACAAGAGCCAUGAUUUCUACAUAUCAGGAGAGAGCUAUGCAGGGCAUUAUGUUCCACAGCUUGCAGAAGUGGUGUAUGAGCACAACAAGCACCUUGAAGCGAAUCAGCAAAUCCAUUUGAAAGGAUUUAUGGUCGGCAAUGCAGAGACUGAUGAUUAUUACGAUUACACGGGAAUGGUCGAGUUCGCUUGGAGCCAUUCAGUCAUCUCAGAUCAAUUUUACGAGCGAGUAAAAAAUGUUUGUAACUUCAAGCUCUCACCCACUAGCACAGAAUGUGGUCAUGUAAUGGCCCUUCUAUACCGCACGUACAAUGAGAUUGACAUCUACAACGUGUACGCCCCCAAGUGCAACACUGAUGGAUCAGCACUGUCUUCUUCUAGUUCGGACAGCAGCGCGGUAGAAAAGGAAGCCAAGAACAAAUCCAAGAGACGAUUGAGGAUGUACUCGGGAUACGAUCCGUGCUACUCCAACUACAUUGAGACUUACUUCAACAGGAUGGAUGUUCAGAAAUCACUUCAUGCUAAUACCAGUGGACGGAUCAAGGACAGAACGUGGAGCCUUUGCAGUGAUCCAAUUUUUGACUUCUACGACAUGGAGGUCUUUUCUGUUCUUCCUAUUUACUCCAAGCUUGUGAAGGCUGGACUAAGAAUUUGGGUCUACAGCGGAGACAUGGAUGGCAGGGUUCCAUUUAUUGGAUCCCGCUACUGGGUAGACGCACUUGGCCUUCCUAUCAAGUCACAGUGGCAACCAUGGUAUCUAAAUAAUCAGGUUGCUGGAAGGUAUGUUGAGUAUGAAGGGCUGACCAUGGUCACUGUCAGAGGAGCAGGUCAUACAGUUCCUCAAGACAAGCCAGCAGAGGCACUUAUGCUAAUCAAGUCCUUCCUUUCGGACACACAACUUCCGGCAAAAAAUAACUGAGGGCUGCUACCUGAAUUAUACAUUUUCCACACCAUACCAGAAUGAUAUAUGCUGAAUAAGUAAGAGAGAAGAGAUAAUCAGAUAACCGGUAUUGAGAUUGAUGUAACCAAUAUCCAGUUGAGUAUGGUCUAUUUGUAACCAAGUAACCCAAUUUGUGCAACAACUGGAAAUGAAAUCCUUACUAAUUAGCCCA